CGCCUUUAUCUUCACGUUUUUUGCUUGCCAUCACGAGCCCACUUCGUGUUAGUUUCGUUUUCUUAUAAACAAAAAUAGAUUAGCGCCCCCUUUUGUCGGCCGUCAAUGUCACUCAGUGUGACACUUUGUCUUUGAUGUUGACAGCCAGGCUGACCGCCGUCGAAUGGGCUUCUCCAGAACGUCCAGAUGGCCAGUCCGCCGCUGCCCACCAAAAAAAAAAAAAAAAAAAACUAGGAUAGGCUAAUUAUUAUAGAGACACAUCUAAGUUUUGUUUCACAGAAAACGUUUAAGUGCUUAAGGGGCAGGUUUCCCCACGCUACCCUAAACAUAACGUUUUCUUGGUAGACAGCAUCGAAUUCACGUCCUUCUGAGGUGUACGAAGAGUAGCUGUUUCAUAGUUUCGUGCACAAAGAUAGCCUACUGCUACAAAGAUGCAAAAAAGGACUGGUCCCGUCACUUCUAAUUUAGCAGAAGAGGAAAGAGAACAGCUCUGUGCUUUGCUGGGGAAUGUGGAACUGACUCUUCUCUACAAAGCUUCAGUUCAUGAAUAUCAAGCUGCUGUCUUCCACCAGAGAUGUGACAAUAAGGGUCCCACUUUACUUGUAGCCUACAACAGUUCAGGCUACAUCUUUGGUGGAUACACUAGUGUAGAUUAUGCUCAAAGUGAGAAGUAUAUUAGCGAUAGGGAAGCUUUCCUGUUCAGCUUUCAAGGCAAGAACCCUGUCUACAGCAAAGUUAACAGUGGAAAUUAUGCACGUUAUGAUGAUGCUGGAAUGCCCAACUUUGGCCAACAGCUGACCUUUUGCAAUGGCAAUGGCGAAGUUGUGUAUAAUGAAGGAGGUAAAUCAUACAGUUUCAAUGCUAAAAGACUGUAUGGGAAUGAUACUGAGCUGACUGAAUGUGAGGUCUACAAAGUCAAAGAGAAAUGUCACAUAUGGGGAAGGCAGGAGAAGGAGAAGCCAUGGAGGAAUAUUCGGUGGACAUCUAUACGAAGAGAUGAGCUUAUGGAAAUGAUCAGGAAUUAUAAACCCCUGGUGACGUCUGUCAGGCGUGCUCGAAUCCUGAUGAUCGGUCCUGUAGGUGCUGGAAAAUCCAGUUUCUUCAACUCCAUCAACUCCAUCUUCACUGGUCAUGUGACCCACAAAGCCAUGUCAGGAUCUGCAGGCACUAGUCUCACCACACAGUUUCGCACAUAUCCAGUGAAAGAUGGUCGUGGAGGAAAGCCGUUGCCAUUUGUGUUGUGUGACACCAUGGGACUCGAGGAGCAAUCAGGUGCAGGACUGGAUAUUGAGGACAUCAGCAGCAUUCUUCAAGGUCACGUACCAGACCGCUAUAAAUUCAACUCCACAGCUCCGUUUCGACCCGAUGACCAAAAGGCCUCCAGACCUGCAUCUCUGCAGGAGAAGAUCCACUGUGUGGUGUACGUGAUAGACGCCAGCAAAAUCUCCCUCAUGUCUGACAAACUAGAGGAAAAACUUGCUGUGAUACGCAGAGAAAUAAACUCACUGGAUAUUCCUCAGAUGGUCUUGAUGACAAAAGUAGAUGAAGCAUGUCCUCAUGUAGAGAAAGACCUUUAUAAAAUUUAUGCCAGCUCCUACAUCAAGUCAAAGAUUCAGGAGGUGAGCUCUCGGUUGGGUGUGCCGGUGUCUUGUGUGUUACCGGUGAAGAACUACAGUCAGGAGCUGGAGCUGGAGCUCAACUGUGACGUCCUGCUUCUCUCCGCUCUACAGCAGAUGUUUCGCUUAGCAGACGACUAUCUUGAUGAUGCUGAUGCUGAUGCAGACGACUAGAUGAUGUACAUGUAAUUUAGGCCAUAAAGUACUGCAGUGAUAGGGUUUAUACUUCUAGAUCAACAAUGGUUCAUCUUAACUCUGAAGAUUGGUAUUCUCCACUGUUUAUCCAUAGAUAUUUCAUAAUCAUACAUAAUAUCCAUUUAGGGAGGAAAAAGGGAAUUGCAAACAAAGUUCAUAUCACUUAAGUUGCAUGUUACAUUAUAAUCAUUGUUGCUUUUGUAGUUUCUUCUUGUUAUAUUGUUGUGCCAUGAUAAGGGUGAAUGAUUUGAUAGUACUGUAAAUUAAGAGAAAGUCAGAGACUUCAAGAUGCUAAAAUCUGUAUAGGCAUAAAAAAUAACUUAUUCUUUUUGAUUCUCAAAAGUGCUCACUUUUUGAUUCUGUGCUUGAACUGUCUUUCAGGACUGUGCAAGAUUAAAUAAUUAAUUAUA